AUGUCCCACCAGAAAAAGCAACCCACCCCCUUUCCCCCAGCGGGUUGCGGGAAGACCUCUGGCGGCGGCGGUGGCGGCGGCGGCGGCGGCAGCGGUGGCUGCGGCUUCUAUAGCGGCGGCGGCGGCUCCAGCUGCGGCGGAGGCGGCGGAGGAGGCGGCGGAGGCUGCGGUGGCGGUGGCUCUGGGGGCGGCUCCAGUUGCGGAGGCGGCGGCAGCGGAGGCUCCGGAGGAGGGAUCAAGUACUACGGGGGCGGCGGCUCCAGCUGCGGCGGCGGCUACUCCGGGGGCGGCGGCGGCUCCAGCUGCGGUGGCGGUGGCUCUGGGGGCGGCUCCAGCUGCGGCGGCGGCGGCAGCGGAGGCUCCGGAGGAGGGAUCAAGUACUCCGGGGGCGGCGGCGGCUCCAGCUGCGGCGGCGGCUACUCCGGCGGCGGCGGCGGUAGCUCUGGAGGCUGCGGCGGCGGCUCGGGAGGAGGCCUCAAGUACUCCGGGGGCGGCGGCUCCUCCGGGGGCGGCGGCGGCUCCGGCCCGUACUACCAGUGCCAGAGCUACGGCGGCGGCUCCAGCGGCGGCUCCGGGUGCGGCGGGGGCUCCUCCGGCGGCGGCGGCGGCUCCAGCUGCGGCGGGGGCUCCUCCGGCGGCGGCGGCGGCUACUACUCGCAGCAGACCACCCAGGUCUCGUGCGCCCCGCAGCACAGCCACGGCGGCGGCGGCGGCGGCGGCUGCGGCGGCUCCUCCGGGGGCGGGGGCGGCGGCGGCUGCGGCGGCUCCUCUGGGGGCGGCGGCGGCUGCUUCUCCAGCGGCGGGGGCGGCGGCGGCUGCGGCGGUGGUUCCUCCGGAGGCGGCGGCGGCUCCAGCUGCGGCGGUGGCUCCUCCGGGGGUGGCUCUGGGGGCGGCAAGGGCGUCCCUAUCUGCCACCAGACCCAGCAGAAGCAGGCGCCUUCCUGGCCGUGCAAAUAA